AGAUGUGAAUAACUAGAUGUCUGCAUGGUGCUUAGUGUUGUCUUCGACUCUAUUGCCGCGCCAUAUCCUAGUUUUACAGGUAAAUCAAUGACCGUGUCUUGAUGUCAUCGGUGGUCUUACGGCGCCGUCGAUCGGGCGCUGUUCUAUCACUAGAAAAAUAUAAAAAAGGAAUGAAAUUUUGCCAAGAGAUGUUGAAGUCAGCAGGCAAUCGCCAGUAAAUUCCGAUACACAUAAUAUAUAUCAUUGACUUAUAUCCUCAAGCGCCACCAUGAGCAACCCGGAUAACCCCAACAUCAGCCAACGCAGCACGCCGCAAUGGGCCCUCUAUCAGAGGGAGCUCUUCUGGGCACCGAACGAGGAGAAGCACCCGCCCUUUAACACGCACCCCGAUAAGCUGAGAGAGACGGCUAGGGAGCGCCUCACCCAGUCUGGAUGGCACUACGCAUCCUGCAACGCCGGCCUCUCAUGGACACACUACGCCAACCGACAGGCUUUUUACCGGCACCAAAUCGUGCCGCGAAUGCUCGUCGGCACAGACCAGCGGGACACCGCAACCACCAUCUUCGGCCAUCGCGUCGCAGCACCGAUUGGGUUCGCACCUAUCGGCAUUAAUCGGAUCUACCACGCGACGGGGGAACUCUCCCCCGCGAAGGUGGCCGGCGAACUGAACCUGCCGUACUGUCUGAGCUCCGCCGGCAGCUACAGCAUCGAGGACGUAGCGCACGCCAACGGCGACGGCGGCGUACGCUUCUUCCAGCUAUACUGGAGCCCGGACGAUGCCGUGGCGUUGUCGAUGCUGCGACGUGCCGCGCAAAACGGGUAUACUGCAUGCAUGUUGACUACGGAUACAUGGCAGCUAGGCUGGCGACACGACGACGCCGCGCAUGGGAACUAUGCGUUUUACCACGAGCACGGGGCAGGCGACCUCGGGCUCAACGACCCGGCGUUCCUAGAUCGUCUGCGAGAGGCGAAGCUGGAUCCGAAAGAUCCCAAGGACAAGUACCGCGUCGGCGCGGAGUGGAUCGACAAGCACAUAUGGCACGGACAAUCAUUCUCGUGGAAGAGAUUGCCAUGGCUGAUUGAGAAUUGGAAGAAGCUUAGUGGUGGGAAGCCGUUUUGCAUCAAGGGGAUCCAGAGCGUGGCGGAUGCGCGCAAGGCGGUUGAGCUGGGGGUCGAUGGGAUUGUUGUUUCGAAUCAUGCUGGGCGGCAGGUUGACGGCGCGAUUGCGAGUCUGGAUGCGCUGGAGAAGAUUGCGGAUGCGGUGGGGGAUAAGAUAUACAUCAUGUACGACUCGGGCGUCCGGGGCGGCGCUGACGUGUUCAAGGCUCUAGCGCUCGGAGCCAAAUUCGUGUUGAUAGGUCGUCUAUGGGUGUACGCGCUGGGCUCCGGCGGCGAGGAAGGUGUGCGCCAUGUGAUGAAGGGACUUCUGGCAGAUUUCGACAUUUUGAUGAACGUCGCGGGGUAUCCAGAGCUGAAAGAUAUCAAUCGCGAUGCUUUGGACUCCCUGCCGAAGGGAGCUUACUUCCCGUCUACGACGGAAAUCGCGUGAGCAUUCAACAGAUUUUACAAUGCCGACGAAGAGGUGGUUGAGCUGUUGUAAACGGUCACUUCUGAGAUCACGAAUGAAGAAAGCGAUGGCAACGACUGGUAAAUUGACAAAUUGACAAAGGGAAUAU